GCAGGCAGAGAGGGAAAGAUCAGCAAAAAUAAGAGCAAAAUUGUAAAAACCUUGGGAGAGAGGGAAAAUCCCAAACGAGUCACUGAACUGCAGCAAUCAACAAUAACAGGACAGCAGCUACCUUAGCCAAAAAAAGAAGAAAAAAAAAAAAGGGGGAAAGGAAAAAAUGGCUACGGCAAAGCUCCAUAACAGCCGUCCAUUCAUUCCAUUAACGACCAAAUCACGACCGUCCACUCGGCUGAGAAUUUCAUGUUUUGCUCCUCCCUACUGCUCGAACAAGUUCAGGAGGGAGUACACUAGCGUGAUGAUAGUACCAACUGGAGUAGGAGCCAGCAUAGGUGGAUUCGCCGGCGAUGCUUUGCCUGUUGCUCGUGCUUUAUCCACCGUCGUGGAUUGCCUUAUCACGCAUCCUAAUGUGCUUAAUGCUGCAAUGCUGUACUGGCCGAUGCCUAAUGUUCUAUAUGUUGAAGGUUAUGCUCUUGACCGGUUUGCAGAAGGUUUGUGGGCCCUUCAGCCUGUUCACCAAAAUAAGGUGGGAUUGGUUCUUGAUGGUGGAAUAGAGGAAGAGCUUCGAAUCCAUCAUUUGCAGGUGGCUGAUGCCACCAGGGCUUCUCUUGGAUUGCCUGUUUUGGAGUAUAUUGUCACUGACACCCCACUAGAAGUGGAAAAGUGGGUUGAUUCAAAGACAGGGCAAUCAACUGGGAGAAUUAAGCAUCCUGGUGCGCUACUCAGAGCUGUGAAGACUUUAAUUAACCGAUCUCAGGUGAAUGCUGUUGCAGUGGUGGGACGCUUUCCAGAUGAUGAUGUUGAAGAUGUUGAUGAUUAUCGACAGGGGGUGGGAAUAGAUUUGUUGGCAGGAGUGGAAGCAGUUAUAAGCCACUUGGUGGUUAAGGAAUUCCAGAUUCCUUGUGCACAUGCUCCUGCAAUGCUACCGCUUCUCUUGACUGAAGAUCUUUGCCCCAAAUCAGCUGCUGAGGAGAUAGGAUAUACAUUCUUGCCCUGCGUACUAACUGGUCUGAGUAAAGCACCGCAAUAUUUGGUGAAGGAUUCCCAAUCCCUAGAGAAGGGUUGCCUAUUAGCCAGCGACGUUGACAGUGUUGUUCUUCCUAUCAAUGCUUGUGCAGGAGAUGGUGCUCUUGCUUUUGCAAGAAGCAAAAUAAACAAGCCACUCAUAAUUACUGUGGAAGAAAAUGAAACAGUUCUCGAUGAUACGCCAGAUAAACUUGGGAUUGAAACGGUCAAGGUCGCAAAUUAUUGGGAAGCGAUUGGUGUUAUUGCAGCUCACAAGGCAGGAAUAAAUCCACAUUCUCUCCGAAGAAACAGAAUUGGUAACAUUAAACGUACUUUUGCAAUUCCAGCUAAUGGAUUUGCAGUUUCAAGUGCCACUCAAACGACUUGAUUGGAGAAGUCUGGACAUUAGUUUUCUUUUUCUACUAAUAUUUUUCAUCUAAUUAUUUAAAAAUAUCAUCCUUUUAUUCA